AUCCCAAGCAAAGCCGGGAAUUUCGGAGCAUAAUUCUGUGCUUUCAUUUUAUUUUUUCAGUUCGGUUUGAACAUCGGAAGCGGUCGUCUGGGAAAACGAAUCGAUGGGCUUCAACUGUGUUUGGGUUAAUGUGCUAAAGUUAUAAAACAGGAGUGAUCAUUAGUUUUGAAUAGUUGAAGUGGUUGGCUAUCGGGAGUUUUUUAUGUACAAUGGGUGAAAAUGGAGACUUCCAACACUGCCACAGGACCAAGAGGAACCUAAAGUUCAAAGAUGGGAUACGAACUGUGGAUUUCGUUCUGACACGAAACCUAGAUCAUGCCGAAAAACAGGUCAGGCGUUGUUACUUCGAGAAGAACGUAACUGAAGAGGGCCUGCAGAUCGAGCCGGAUGACUUCGAAGAGUUUUUCGCCAAUAAUCCCUUCCCUGACCAUCACGCCGCAACACUAGAUAAGAGAGAUGAAUCCACUGUACAGACCCUGCGGGUCGAGUCGUGUGACUCCAAAAAGGCCCGGUUCACCAAAAUACACGUACCUCAGGAAACGCUUCUGCGUUAUUGCGAAAUCAUGCGUAUAAAAAUGAAAGUCAAUUUAUCAGGAUUAGAGAAGGAUCAGCAAUCGGCUGAUGGUCACCUCAAUAAUGUGAACAGCAGACGAGUGAGUUUGACGGGAACGUUGCGAAAGGUCCUCCCGAAAACGAUGAUUGAUUUUUUGAACCUUAAUGAGUCGGAAGGAAACCCGAUCCUGUAUGAGUAUUCUCGCGGGAAGGAUUAUUUGUUCGGGGGAAAUGUUGCAAUGUCCGUUGCGCCGACUGUUCGGACAGCGGUAGCCCACUAUAUCCUGGAGAGAACGAACUGCGGAGACAAGAAAGAUGAUCCUUUCGACACCGGGUUGACGAAGUUGCUGGAGGAGGGAGUGUAUCUGGAUGCGUUUCCUCUGCAUGAUGGCAAUUUGGAACCGGCCGAGGAAUGCAAGAGAACGUGGUUACUCCAGGAGUGGGCUUCCAUGGUUCACUGGAUAAAAUUGCAGCCGUUGACGGAGGUAAAGGACUACUUCGGAACGCACGUCGGGAUGUACUUCGCCUGGCAAGGCUUCUACACGAACAUGCUGAUCUGGGCCUCUUCUGCCGGGCUGUUGUGCUUCUUGUUCGGGCUGGUCACAUUUCGGAGCAACCAGGUCAGUCAGGACAUCUGCAGGGAUAACUCGACGAUCAUGUGCCCGCAGUGCGAUGCCAUAUGCGACUAUUGGAAGCUGGGAGAUACCUGCUUGUCAUCACGUCUGGCUUACCUGUUCGAUAACAAGCUUACGAUCUGGUUUGCGCUGUUCAUGUCCGUUUGGGCAUCGGUUUAUCUGAAAAUGUGGAAGCGAUACGUUUCGCAUCUUCAGCACAAGUGGGGCGUCCGAGAUUACGACGCUCAGGUGGAACCGCCAAGGCCACAGUAUCUCGCGCGGCUACUGGAACGCAACAGCAAGAACACCAACAGCGCCUCCAUGAACGGGGUUGAUGAGCAGACUGUUAAGGCAGACUGUGCCAAGACUGUCCUGAACACCUACACCGGAAAGAAGGAACCCGCCCCACGCUUCUGGUCGACAAAGCUGCCCAGCCUACUGUACAGUUACUCCGUGAUUUUGCUCUUCAUUGGACUUGCGGUCGCUGCCGUCUUCGGGUUCGUAAUCUACCGGAUGUCCCUGUUGACGGCGCGUCACAUCUACGGAGAUCCAGCGGACGUGGCCAACAAGCGGCUCAUGUUCUCCGCUGUGGCAGCCAUUAUCGAUUUGGCACUUUCGAUAGCGCUGGACGUCGCUUACAAUGCGGUGGCCGUUCGCAUGACCAACAUCGAAUACCAUCGGACCCAGAACGACUACAACGAAAGUCUGAACCUGAAGGUGUUCCUUUUCCAGUUUGUCAAUUACUACAGUUCGAUCUUCUACAUCGCUUUUCUGAAGGGGAAGUUUCCUGGAUACCCGGCAAAGUAUAACCGGAUUUUGGGCUUCCGGCAAGAAGAGUGCCAACCCGGGGGUUGUCUGAUGGAGCUAAGCGUUCAACUGGCCAUUAUCAUGAUCGGCAAGCAGACUGUGUCGCUGAUUCGGGAUUUCUCUAUUCCUUAUUUUGUGAAACAGUACCGAGAGUGGAGAAAGCGGAAUUCGAAGGAAGAGGAUGAUUCGGUUGAUAGCAACGAGUAUACUGAGGAUGAUUCACUGAUCAGCUGGAACGAGCGUUGCCGUUACGAUGAUUAUGUGAAGAUGGUGAUUCAAUAUGGAUUCAUUACCAUUUUUGUGGUAGCUUUUCCACUGGCACCGCUCUUUGCCCUGCUGAACAAUGUGUUCGAAACGCGUCUGGAUGCGAUGAGAUAUCUCAAGUUCUAUAAGCGGCCGGUCCCGAAACGGGUUCGAGACAUCGGCAUGUGGUACGACAUCAUGGACGUAAUCGCCAAAAUGGCUGUCGUAUCCAGUGCAUUCAUCAUCGCCUUCUCGUCAACCUUCAUCCCCCGACUGGUCUACAUGAGUGUCGUCAACCGGAACAAAACCGACGAGGGUUUCCUCAAUCACACCUUGGCCUAUUUCAAUGUUGAACACUUCCAAGCGGGCGCCGCACCGCUCGUGACCAAGUUCCACAACAUAUCGAUGUGCCGCUACCAGGAGUACCGGAAUCCUCCGUUUGGGGAUCGGCCCUACAAGCGACCGCUCAUCUACUGGCACAUUUUUGCCUUCCGGCUUGCCUUCAUAGUGAUCUACCAGAACGUGGUCAGCACCGUGCAGGGGCUGGUGAACUGGAUCAUUCCGGACACUCCGAGCCGUUUGCAGGAGCAAAUCAAACAGGAACAGUACUACAUCAAUCAGCGCAUCAUGUCCGGAGAGAGAACGAAAGCUAAGCGCACGGUUAGAUCGUUGGAUUCGGUUGCAGAAUCUGAUCCGGUUGGAAAUGGCGUAUUAACUCAUUAAGUGGAUAGAAAGCUUUGACGUCCAAUGUGUAAUUAUAGAUCGUCGUCAUAGUCGUUUGAGGGAGUCAGAAAUAAUGAAAAUAAGUUACAGCCAACAUGCGGUAAAAUUUCUAACUGAUUAUUGUGUAAUGAAGCAGGCAUGUUUGUUGUAUAUUUUUGCUGAUGAAUUAAUAGUUCCAUAGGUAUAAAUUUGUGUGUAAGAUAUGAGUUAGAAGUUCCUAAAUUUUGCUUUUUUUUAACCAGUUUUUUUCCUUCUUUGCGAUAAAUCAUUCUUCAUUUUAAGUUUUCUUAUAUUUUUUCCUAUAUACCGUUUUG